AGUGCCAACCGCCGCGGACGGGAGAGGCACUGCUUGGCGGAUCCGCGCAGCCCGCGGCGUUUCCGGAGCCGGAGCCGGAGCUGAAGGCGACGAAUGGAAGCCCAACGCAGCAACGCAGACUGGAUGGGCUCCCUGCCGCCCGUCCUCAGCGCCCUGCCGCUUUCCAGGCUGGCCAUCCCAGGUUCACAUGACUCCUUCAGCUACUGGGUGGAUGAGAAAUCUCCUGUGGGACCAGAUCAAGCCACAGCAGUUAAGCGGUUAGCUAGAAUUUCUUUGAUAAAAAAGCUGAUGAAGAAAUGGUCAGUAACACAAAGUCUGACAUUCAAGGAGCAGCUUGACAGUGGAAUCCGCUAUUUUGAUCUCCGUGUAUCUUCCAAACCAGGAGAAGCUGGACAGGAAAUCUACUUCAUACAUGGCUUGUUUGGAACCAGAGUAUGGGAUGGACUUGUGGAGAUAAACACCUUCCUAGCCCAUCAUUCUAAAGAAGUAAUCUUCCUGGAUUUCAAUCAUUUCUAUGCUAUGGAUAGCAACCAUCACAUGUACCUUAUCAGCAGGAUUCAAGAAAUAUUUGGAUCAAAACUCUGCACAAAAGAAUGUGUAGAAAAUGUGACACUGCAAAAUCUUUGGGAAAAGCAACAGCAGGCUCUUGUUUUCUACCAUCAUCCUAUCUGUGAAAUAUACCCCUUUCUGUGGUCAGGGAAUAAAAUGCCAGCACCCUGGGCAAACACAACCAAUGUACAUAAACUACUGCAGUUCUUGGAGACCACCCUGAACGAGCGAGCAAAAUAUGGAACUUUCCAUGUUUCUCAAGCUAUUCUCACACCAAGAGUCAAAACUGUCGCAAGGCAUCUCAGCCGUGGUCUGAAAAACACUCUUGUUCACAGAAAUCUUCCUUUGAUUCUGAACUGGGUGAAAUCACAGAAACCAGGAAUCAUGGGUGUUAACAUCAUCACUUCAGACUUUGUGGAACAGGUAGACUUUGCAGCUACCAUAAUUGAAUUAAAUGAUCUCCUCUUAGAAGAUAAAAAAUCCUGAUAUUUUAAAAAAAGGUAUUUAACCAAAGGUGGGGCUCCUUUGGGGGUACUUCAUUUAUAUCAAAUUACUCUAUUUCAACCCUCCAAACAAUUUUUCUGUUUGACACAGUAUGAAGACAAAAUACUUACAUUCAUCUCAAGGCAUAGAUCUAAACUGUCCAGUUUAGCACGUCUUUCUCUGCUGUACAUAUGAACGUUCUGCCUGCCUCUGGGAAAUACAGGAUGUGAUUCUGGCUGGCCAACUGGAGGCUCAAUGCUACAACACAUGGAAAUAAUUAGCAGAGGCCUCUCCAUAGACUUGCUGAGUGUGUACAUCCUGCAUAUCAUGAAACCCGGAACUCUGGCUCUAAGGAUAAUAAUGAAUUAUAAGCUUGAAUUCACCAGAUCAGCCAACAGUUUACCUCUCUUGGCUACAUCAGUUAGAAAUACGUGCUGUGCUUGUUUCAUUACUCCUGUACUGUGUAUAUCAUGCUACCUCGGUCACUUUUUAGGGAUACACUAUUUCUAUUGUUUGCUGUGAUCUUUGGUAAAUACAGUAAUGUGUGUGAAUUUCUAGUGUUAAUUAUGUAUUUAGAUCUCCCUUUUUUACUUGAUCUUGCAUUUUAAUUCAUUAUUUUCAGAAGCUAAGCCUAAGUGGAUAGAAAGAGGAUAAUAAUUCCUUAUUUUAAAUGCAACACUAUUUGUUUUGUGGAUUUUUUUUUUUUUUAAGUCCUAGAUUUAGAAUCACUUCUGAGAAGUAAGAGGCUCAUACCACCUAACGCUAUCCCUUUCUGGCAUAAUUCACUUCUAACAUAUUGGAAUUUGCACAAAAGAACGUAAACAGGAAAUGGCACUCUAGGGUACAAAGUAUCUGCCAUUUUGUAGAAUUUAUUAAUGGAAUAAUUUUUAAAUUGUAAACCAGUAUUUAUGUAUUUAUUUUUGUAAAAAAAUGUAUGACAUCCUAUUUAAUCAGUUCUGGGCAGUACACACUAAAAGCUGCCAGGAUGCCAUGCAAAGUUGUUAUUGCUGCAGUUUCAUACACAUUUUUUCCCUGAGAAAAAGUCCUAUUAAAUUCUGUGGAACAUGUCAGAGUAGAUAUUCCAGAGACUAUAGCCUACACUAAUGGAAGUGUGUCAUUCUAUGCAGUUCUGUCAUCUUUCAGCUAGUCCUCUUUAAGAAAAGGCAGUCCGCUGGAUAAAUAGGAACCCAGCAAAUAAUAAUUUUGUCUCUUGAUCAUGGACUUUUCCUACAGAGUUUAUGUACAUUUUGCAUUCCAGCAUAGUAUGUGUAUUCUGUUAGCAUUGCUCAUGGUAAAUAAUUGUAAUAUUGACCUUUAAUAGACAAAAGCAACUUAACCUAUUGUGUACUCCCAGACAGAAUACAAGAAAGACUGUUAGGCAGCUAGUUCAAGAGUGCCAAGAUUUUUAUAGGCCAGAAGAAUCAAUGACACCUCUCCAAUAUUUGCCAGCACUGCUACUUUAAUUUUUGUGCUAUUUUAUAUAAAAGGUUCUAGAAGGAGCAUUUAUGGUUCCUUCUAUAAACUUCUAAGUACCUGUCUGGAAAUUUCUCAUAAAGCAUUCAUAAUAGUUUGUGUUGUUAACUUGCACUGAAUGAUUUUAAUGAAACUUCAGGAAAGAAAAGAUUUGCUGAAAGAAAAUACAAGUCCAAGCCUCAAGCAAGCAAAUGUUCUUCAAAAAUCUAAGUUGCAUAUCAGAUGUUCUGAGUAUCCAGUCUAUUUCAGGGGUCAUUUCAGCCACAGCAGCUAUGAACAAAAAAUGAAGGUAGUAUUUGCAUAUCACUGUAAAGGACUGACUUAUACAGUUCUAUACAGGGCUUGGACUUUAUUUAUUUAUUUAUUUAGUCAUUAUUUAUUUAUUAAAUAUAUAGGUUACCUCAAUCAGUAUGACACUGGGCAACUUACAAGUUUCAGCAAUGAAAAACAAUAAAAAAACCCCUCAAUAUAUAAUUCAAAAGGAAGUCUGGAGGAGAAUAGCAAUCAAUCAAACAAGCAAAACAUCCUACUAGGGGUAGGGGUUAGGGUUACCCUAGUUAACCCUAACCCUAACCCACCAUUCUAAUCCAUGGCCUGGGGAUAAAGCCAGGUUUUGCCUAAACAAGGACAGAAUGUUUAUUACUGUUACUACCUGAAGAUGAAAUCAGGGUGUCAACAGUAAAUGUCCUGGUUUAAGUUCUUCUGGUGGCGGGGUGAGAGGGAAGGAGUUCCCCUCAGUUUCUGCUGUAUAUUUAUUUGAAUAGAAUUAUUUCCUGUUAUAUUAUGGUAACAGCAUUUUACUGUCUUUCUUUUGUUUUCAGUUUAAGACUUUGCUUUCAAAUGGAAGUUUGGGCAUAACAGAACAAUGAAAAUAGGUAGUGGUUUUUGCCAUUGGCAUUAAGAAAAGAAUUGUGGUGGUCUCAGAUGUAUGCCCUUCAGGAGCCUCCAUUAUCAUAUGAGGGAGGGAAUUCUCACUAUAAAGCUCAGAUUUGUUUGCAUCCUCAAGAUCCUCAUCCAAACCUGUGCUACUUUAGCCUGUAACUUGUACUAUUCAUGGCACAAUUCAGAAUCUGACAAGAGUUUCCCUUCUUUCAAUUUGACAUAUACACUUAUAAUAAUCUGAUGGGCUGAAAUCACUUUCAUAGAGCAUCUUCUAUCAGAAUCACUUGAUGUUUGGUUAUUAUUAAACAUUGAUUAAUAUUUAAUCAAAAGUAAAUAAAUUAAUAUUUAAUUAAGUUGUUGUAUUAAGCAGGUGCUUUUGGUGACUGUUGGCAUAGCAGCUGUACUGGAGAGGCUUUGUGUGCGUGAUGAAAGACAAUUUGAUUCCGUAUCUGAAAAGGGAUACAGAUUAAUAAGGCCAGUUAUGUCAGAAUUUUUGUAAGCAUUUUCCACUGUUAAUUUAUUUUUAUGUUAAUUAUUUAUAGCAGCUCUAAAUCAUUAUAUUUAUAUUCUUUUAGAGUAUAGGACCUUCUUAAGGGCACUGAAAAGCUGGUGGGGCUGCACCCACAUCUGUCAACCAUUUUGCAGCUCAGUGCUUGCUUUUACGAACUUUGCGCAUGAUUUGCAGACAUUUGGCCUGUUCUGGCAUGAUUAGUUCCAUUAUGAUCUGAAAGUCUCACAAAACACUAUGGCUGUCAAAUAGCAAACCUGGUUUAACAAUUGCUAUGGUCACAUAAUAUCUAUACCCAAACAAUAAUGGCUUAACAUGGUAGGGUGGUUUACAGACUUGCUGUGAUUAUUCCUGUGUUGUUACAACACUGAGGUGGUUUGAGCUGCCUUUUUCAGAUUUUUCUUGAUUUUUUUAGAUUAUGGUUUUUGUUAUAUUGGUACUGGGAUUUUUUUUUGGUCAGGUAAAGAUGGGGUUUCUUCGUAUGGGGAUUUCUUUCAUUUAUUUAGCAUCUCUAAAGCAGGCUGUAUACAGAUUUUGGUAUAAAUAAAUAAAUAAACAUGCUGGGCCACAAAUUGCCUUACACAAUUUCACCUAAUGUAACACGUGGAGCAAUCUCAACCUUUAAGUCUUCUCUGCAUACUUCUCCACAGAAAACCAUUUCGGGGAACAGUAGUGUUGGACUUUGCCCAUUGAGGAAGUGUAAAUACUGUGUUAUAAGAACUCCAACCUCACUCAUUCAAACAUUCAUGAGGCUGGGCGUUAUCGUCCUUCUCCAGUUGGCUCUAAUGUCUAGCUGGCUAGCCAGUAAUCAAUUUUAUUUCUCUGAAAUCAGUCAAAUAAUGAAACAGUAUCUUGCUUAUAUUUUUGUACUUUGUAAUUCUUGUUUUUCAGUUAUACAAUUUCUGUUAUUUUAUCUGCAGUGAUUGUUAAUAGCAGUGUACUGUUCUUCGUCUACUUAAAGCUCAGCCAUUUCAGAUCAUUAUGCAAUGUAAAAUAGCCAACUUAUGCAACACUGGAAUUUUUUGGUAAUGGUUUUUCUUAUCUUUAUUAUUAUAUCUAUAUUUAAAUACUAUAUGAUUCUCCCAAUUGUCAAGAAGGAACUAACUAAUCUUCAGAACUAUUUGUGUUUAUUAAGGAGGAUAAAUAGAAAAUAAAGAGACCUUUUCUUUUGUAUUUACAAUUCUGUCCUCUAAAUCACAAUUAAGACUGAUAUUUUGGUUGCAUUAAUAAUUAAAAGUGAUAGAGUUAUGAGAUUAGGUGGCACAUAAAUGGUUGCAAAUUAAUAAAAAGGAAUAAAGUAUUAGAAUGUUAUGUAUAUUUUCUUUAAAUAUCUGUUAUCUGGUUUUAUAUGAGAUCUGGAAGAACUCCGUUUUCUUGCUUUUUUAUAGACUUUGAUUAAUUUUUAUCCCUAACAGUGUAUACAUUUCAACUUUUCCUUUAGAAUGCCAGUUUUACUAUACAUGUUUUAUUGCAAUUCUUUUGAGUGUUCUAAAAUCAGAAUACCUCAUUUAUUUGUGCACAUAACUUCUGGAGUAUUUUUUGUUUUUCACAUUUAUUUAGUGCUUUGUUUCUAAUCCUGAAAAGUCUAGAUGUAAUUGUGCAAUCUGAAUGAACACUAUAGAAUUACUGUACUCAUAAUAAAAGAAUGUUGAUGUGUAGUACAUUA